UUCUAUAUACCUUUCCUUCGCACCUAUGCUAGAUUUUUCGCCCAUUAGUGCAGAAAGACUUAGCGGGUGCAAAAACAAGACAUCUGUCUACUUUGUCUGUCUGUCUGUUUGUCAGCUGAUCAAAGAAUCUCUCACUAUAGAUUCUUUGAGCUGAUUGUAUGCGAAAUGUAUGGAAAUUGUACCUUUUUAACUCAUAAAAAAAUGCUGAAAAAUAUUUUACGCGGUUUAAAUGAUAAUAUACGUUUUGAAAAGCGCUAAUAUGUGAAUUUCAUUAAUUUAAUAUAUAGUUUAAGUAAUUAAAAUCUUAGCAUACUAAAUCCUGGGUGAUGCUGUGGACAUGGAUUCACCACUUGGAGAUCUUAGUGACUGGGUUGCCGUGAAGGAUGAUUUUUUUGUCAGAACUGAAGAGACAGAUCAUCCACGUUUUAUUUGUGCAUGGAAUAAUGAAGAGACCAAAGUUGCGAUUACUCUUCAUGAGGGUACUCGCAAAGCAAGUGAUCAGAAUCAUAAAAAUAAAGUCUGUUUACUUAGUCUGAAAGAAUUAUAUCAUAUACACAAACAGUUUUGUUUAAUCAAUAGCCAGUUAGAAUCUUCUUACCCAAAAGAUCUCAAACCAAACUAUGUUCCAUCCAAGAAAAAGUUUGAAUAUGUCUCGUCUGCUGUAGAAUAUUACUUAAGUGCAACUAUUAAAGCUGUAGGCAAAAAAAUUGUUAUACCUACAAUAUUUGGCGAGGAUGAUGAUGAUCCGCUAAGCUGUUAUGAAGAGAAUUUAAAUGAAUUCAAACUUAGAACUCUUCAGAAUAAUGUAGAAAAGGCUUAUAAAGAACUGGAAGAAAUAUUACAAUUAAGAGAACGAGCAGAAUCUUUACUACAGUUAACUACUGUAUAUACUCUGGAAGAUCAGGUUUCCACUAACAUAUCUGAUGCAUUAGCUGAAUUAUAUAACUUUCAGUUACAGCCUUUUCUUGAACUCAGAGAAGUAUCUCGUAAUCGAGUUAAACAGGCUCAAUCCAAACUUAGUGAAGAAAUUGGACCUAAUAUCAAGCAGAAAGCAGAGAAAGAUUAUGAAGAGUGGAAUGAACAAUCGUUAGUUGCUACAGAAGCAUUGCAGCAGUUGUACCAUGAAUAUUAUAGGAGGACGUUGAGUUUAGUUCAGGGUCAGAGAGAUAGAAUGAUUGAAGAUAAAAAGAAGUAUGGAAAAGUUGCUUUUGAACUGCAUGGUAUGCCUCGUUUGUUAAAAUUGGAAUCCUUGGUUUGGCAAGAAGACUUAAAACUGCAUAAUGCAAUUAAAGCAACUAAGGAAUUCCAACGUGACAAAAUUAAGAGUCAGUUAGCCUAUAUCAAUGAUGAUAGUGGUGGAGUGUAUGAAAUUGAAAGGAUUGAAGAAGAAAUAACUAAUGCUCAAAUAGGUGUCCUUGAUGCUCAUCUUGAAGUACUGGAUGUUGAAGAACGCUUAUACAAGAGUCAGUUAGCUAUUUUGAACAAAGAGUACAAAGACAGUGUAGAAAUUGGUGUCUUUUUCGAUGCAGUUGAAAAUCCUGAAGAUUUGCCUGAUACUGUGAACAGCUCUCCAGAGCAAAAUCCCAAAGUUUCCAAAUUAAAAGAGAAGCUAAAUAGGAUUUACAGAAAGAGAGCAAAUAUUCGCAACAAAAAGAAAACUAUGCUGUCUCAGUUAAAGAAAAAGAAAGAACUUAAAGCUGCUGUAAUUGAAAAAAAUGAAAAGGCCGCAGCAAUUAGUCGUAAAAGGAAAGAAUCCAAGAUUUCUAAAGAGCUAGCUCCUGAUAAACUAGCGAAUGAAAGGAAGAAAACACUUCAAAGACUCAAAGAAUACAAAAAAAAAGCUAUAUAUUUAGAAGCAAAAGGCCAGGCAUCAGGCAGUGAAUCAGAUGGACCAAGUUCUGUUCCUAAACGGAAUGCCAAAGAGAUAUCAAGAACUACUCCUGUACGAAGUUCAGCUGAAGCUAAAUCAGAUUCUAAGAUUCAAGAAAGUGAUAAAAGGAAGGUUUCAGUUGAAAGUUCUGUUGAAACAACCACUAUUCCUUCUCCUCCUCCUCCGCCACCACCUCCAUCCCAGCCUCCUCUUCCGCCACCACCUCCAUCUCAACCGCCUGUUCCGCCACCACCACCGCCUCCGCCUCCCCCACUACUACUGCUUAAUAUUCCAGCUCCACCACCACCUCCUUCAUCUGGGCUUACUGCAGCACCUAUCUCAGUUCAUCCCGCAACUAGUCAGCCAUCACUAGAAAUCACUGAAAAUAGUAUUAUUGAACAAAUGAAGGCCCUGAAAAAGCCUACGGUAAAAGACAUUAAGAUGGUUGAUUCUCCAAAAGGAUUUAAUUUGGAUGAAAUUUUAGCAAUGAGAAGUAAAUUAAAGAAACCUUCCUUAG